AUGGCCGCACCAACCAUCUCUGCUGCCCAGGCGGUAGGCGAAUAUCUGCAAUUUCCCGAUGACCUCGCAAAAAUUCCUGCAUUUCGCAGAAAGCUAGAGAAGGAGAAGGCUUCCAUCGACGCCAGACUGAAGAGCGGCGUAAAGGAGCAGCUGGAUGCUACGAGAGAUGGGCUGCGCAAGCUGUUCAACACCCGUAACAACGUCCAGACAAUCAAGGAUGAGAUGCAGACGGUGGACAGGCUUUGUAGCGACCCUCAGAAUUCCGUCUCUACUUUCGACCAGAUAAGCAGGGUGUCUAUGGUUCACCGGAAUUUCGAGCGCACAGAAGAGAUGGUCAACAACCUCGUGGAAAUGGACUCCCAUCUUGACAUGCUCGAGGAUAUGCUCGAGGCAGACUGUCAAGAUAUUCUGGGACCAGCCCCUAAUCUUCUUCGCAUUCAUUACCAGAUCAACAAGCUGGAAGCAUUCCGCAAUCAAACCAUUCACCAGGCAAAGAAGUCCUCCACUGACACCAGAAAGACCCUCACUCAACAUUUCGAACGGCUUACUCGGCUUAUAGAGGCCUUCGACGAAUACUUUCUUGCCCUUGCUCGGAACAUACUCGUCAUUGUCAUGGAGGGGCACUCCGAAACUGUGGUGAAGCUGCUCAAGAUUGCUGAGAUUGAGGGACGCGCAGACGAGAAGGCCAUAGCUAUUAAACUCGUCAAGAAAGCUGCCAAGAUGGACGCAGCUGCGAAGUUCAGGUCGAUGCAAGCCGACGCACGAGUCAUCAAGCACUACCGAUCAAAGCUCAUGAAGUGCAUCGUAGAGUCCGUUCAGCAGACAUUCAAUGACGCAUACGAACGUGACGAGGGUAAUCCUGCCGCAUUCCUUGAUAAUCUCGAUUGGGUAUUCCAGGAUCUCAUACACAUCGAAGCCGACGUCGUGCCCUGUUUCCCUCCUUCGUACGAUAUCCACACGCAUUAUGUUCGCGCCUACCACAAGGCAUUGAAUUCCAUCCUCGUGAGGGUUGUUCAGAGCGAACCUGAAGCGAGUGUCAUUCUUGCGCUCUACGGGUGGGUCAAGGACUAUAAGAAGAAGAUGAAAGAACUAGAGAUUUCUCCAGAACUUCUCGACCCUCCGCUACUAGAUGGGAGGGAGCAGAAUCUCAUCGAGGACUAUCUGAAACUUAUCAUCAAGAAGCUCGACGAGUGGACCACAAACCUGAUGACUACUGAGGCUGCCGCUUUUGUUGCACGCGAGGAACCGCCAGAGAUAAACAGCGAUGGGCUGUACGGCACGCAGGGUGCGGUGAUUCUAUUCCAGAUGGUGAAUCAACAGGUCGACCUCGCGAUGGAAAGCGGGCAGGGAAUGAUCCUCGCCCGCGUGGUUGAUGAGAUCGGUCGUAUUAUGCGCGGGGUGCAGGAGCGAUGGGCCAAGCUCGUCGAAGCGGAGUACAAGAACCAGAUUGAGAAACCAGAAGAGGUUCCUGGGGGUCUCUUCGAGUACAGUAUCGCGCUCGCGAACGAUCAGCUCAAGUGCGCCGAUUUCACCGAGGCGCUGUCUGCGCGAGUUGAACCAUUGGUGUCGGAGAAAUAUCGUGUUCCUAUCCACGACCGACUGAACGACGCCAUCGACGGGUUCCUUGAUGUUGCGAAGAAGUGCACGCAGACCCUCAUCGACAUAAUCUUCAACGACCUCAAGCCCGCGAUCAAGCAGCUCUUCCAGCAGCCGUGGUACGACGGACUGUCAGCACAAAUCAUUGAGACAAUACGCGACUACAUGUCCGACUACAGCAGCUUCCUGAAUCAGACACUCUUCGAAUUGCUUGUCGAGGAAAUUCUGGAUACUUACUUGGUCGCAUAUUUGACAGCCUUAGCCAACACACCGAAGCUCAAGAUACCCUCCGCAUCGGAACGAAUGAAGGCUGAUAUUGGCGAUAUCUUCAAGCUCUUUGGCCAGUACAAGAAGGUGCAGGAGCUUGAGCCCCAAGUGGAAGUGCUCGAAAUGGUUCUGUCCAUGUUAGAGGCGUCGCAGAGCUUGGUCUUCCUCUCGUAUUGGUCGUUUGCCAAAGUGUUUGGGCCAAAUAUCGCGUUUGUGGAGUCCUUGAUGAAGGCGCGAUCCGAUCUCGACCGCUCAGGUGUGAACGAGGUGAUGGACAGUAUCAAACGCAAGGUCAAGGAAGAGGAUCUUACUGAUCCUCCUGAACCAACCAUCAUGAAGAAGAUUGCCGUCCAAGGUGCAUUCUCACGCUUCCUUGCACGGACAUAG